GGGCGCCGUGCGCGUGUCCUGCGGCCGAGCUGCUAAUAAAGUUGCAGCGCGGGGAAGCGCAACUACGGCGCCAGGAGAGUGCGCCCAACCGGCCCGCGACUCUAGUUUAAUGUAGCCAGAUUUGCUUUCCUGGCAAAAACAUCCUACAGAGGAUUAAGGAGGACCAGGCACGAGGCAUAUAUCCUAUUAGAAGUAUAUCUUUACUUUUUUGCACCCUUCUCCCAUGGUUCCAGCAUAGCAGAGUGGAGGACCACUUCUAUUAGUCACCACCAUCAGCAUCCAGAACAAUGCCUGCCACUUAGAGGCUUUUAGCAAGCACAUGCUGAAUGAAUUGAUCUCUUGGUUCUUAAGAAGAAACCUAUUUGGACUUGAACCAAUGAAAGAAGCAUAUGGCCCUUGUGAAGAUAAAUGUCACUCCUCCCUCUUUAAUUGGACCUUCUGCUUAGGACCUGUAUGUGACUUUUCACCUGUGAUCUGUUCUUUCAGUAGCUACUGACUUUGAUUACAGGAAGGUCUCUGAAGAUUUGUAUCAAAUGACGUCAAUGGCCAGCUUGUUUUCUUUUACUAGUCCAGCAGUGAAGCGAUUGUUGGGCUGGAAACAAGGUGAUGAGGAGGAAAAAUGGGCAGAAAAGGCAGUCGAUGCUUUGGUGAAAAAACUGAAAAAGAAAAAGGGUGCCAUGGAGGAACUGGAGAAAGCCUUGAGCAGUCCAGGACAGCCGAGCAAAUGUGUCACUAUUCCCAGGUCUUUAGAUGGACGCCUCCAGGUUUCUCACAGGAAGGGCUUACCCCAUGUUAUAUAUUGUCGUGUUUGGCGCUGGCCUGAUUUACAGAGUCAUCAUGAGCUAAAGCCUUUGGAUAUUUGUGAAUUUCCUUUUGGAUCUAAGCAAAAAGAAGUUUGUAUCAACCCUUACCACUAUAAGAGAGUGGAGAGUCCAGUCUUACCUCCUGUGUUAGUGCCUCGUCAUAAUGAAUUCAAUCCACAACACAGCCUUCUGGUUCAGUUUAGGAACCUGAGCCACAAUGAACCGCAUAUGCCACAGAAUGCCACGUUUCCAGAUUCUUUCCAUCAGCCCAACAACACUCCUUUCCCCUUAUCUCCAAAUAGCCCCUAUCCCCCUUCCCCUGCUAGCAGUACAUAUCCCAACUCCCCAGCAAGUUCUGGACCAGGAAGUCCAUUUCAACUCCCAGCUGAUACACCUCCUCCUGCCUAUAUGCCACCUGAUGAACAGAUGGGCCAAGAUAAUUCCCAGCCUAUGGAUACAAGCAAUAACAUGAUUCCUCAAAUUAUGCCCAGUAUAUCCAGCAGAGAUGUUCAACCUGUUGCCUAUGAAGAGCCUAAACAUUGGUGUUCAAUUGUUUACUAUGAAUUAAACAACCGUGUUGGGGAAGCUUUUCAUGCAUCUUCUACUAGUGUAUUAGUAGAUGGAUUCACAGACCCUUCAAAUAACAAAAGUCGAUUCUGCUUGGGGUUGUUGUCAAAUGUUAAUCGUAAUUCAACAAUUGAAAACACAAGGCGACAUAUUGGAAAAGGUGUUCAUCUGUACUAUGUUGGUGGGGAGGUGUAUGCAGAGUGUCUCAGUGACAGCAGCAUAUUUGUCCAGAGUAGGAACUGCAACUUUCAUCAUGGCUUUCAUCCCACCACUGUCUGUAAGAUUCCCAGCAGCUGCAGCCUCAAAAUUUUUAAUAAUCAGGAGUUUGCUCAGCUUCUGGCUCAGUCUGUCAACCAUGGGUUUGAGGCAGUAUAUGAGCUCACCAAAAUGUGCACCAUUCGAAUGAGUUUUGUUAAGGGCUGGGGAGCAGAAUAUCACCGACAAGAUGUUACCAGCACCCCAUGUUGGAUUGAGAUUCAUCUUCAUGGGCCUCUUCAGUGGCUGGAUAAAGUCCUUACUCAGAUGGGAUCCCCUUUAAAUCCCAUAUCUUCUGUUUCAUAGUGCAGAAGUAUUCUUUUCAAUUGUUAUUACUAUUAGUGGACUUGUUUUAAUUUUAGAGAAACUUCCAGUACAAAUACUGUGAGCUGACAUGGAAAAACAGAUUUUAUAGCUUGUUUUUUUUUCUACAUAAUUGUGACCAACACAUUUGUAUUUUGUGAUGAAUCUGCAUUUGUUUGUAUUCAUGUUCAUGUGAUUAACUCUCAAAAGUAUUGUAAAAGAUGUAGAUUAAGUAUUAUGCCCCUGUUCAGAAGUUUGGUAUUGAUUUUAAACUGGAAUGUCUUUAGCUUAUCAUCCCAACAGGUUUUUUAUUCGUUAAUUUUUUUAAAGUAUGCAUCACAUGAUGAAAAAUUAUAGUUUAAGAGGGUAAAAAUAGGAGAAAAUGGUCUUCCUUCUGUUAAUUUUUCCAGAAGCUAUACUUCUAACAAUUUCUUUGUCCCAGCAACUUUAAAAAAGCAUAACACAUAGUUUUGCAAAAGCCUAUGGUAGGGGCUUAAAAGAAACUCUAAAAUAAUCUUUUAUUUGAAGGAACACUAUGCACUACCCUAACAGGUAGUGUUCAGUAAAAGCAAAGUGAGUUUUCUAGAUGACAUAAAAUUUACAUUUAUAUAGCUAAAUGUUUGUUGGUGUAAUGUGACUUCAUGCUAUAUAUCUUUUUAAAAACAUUUCCUUUUUUAAAAAAAAAAUUGCCAAGUAAUUGAUCGCUAGUGUAUGUCAUUUACUCAAAAUCUGUCAUAAAUACUACUUUAUAGCUAGUGACAGUGCAUGCAUGGCCUUGUUCAGCUAUGUUUGCUGCUUUUGGCCAAUGUUGCAAGGACUGUAAUUUUGACAUGCAUUAAUCUUUUAUUUUGCACUUUUAUGGGUGAUAAUUUUUAGUGUAACCUUUGGUAUAACACACUCAAGUAACUUGGACUUAGAUGCUUAUCCUUAAUUCCUUGGUACCCCUUUUGUAUUAACAAACUACAAUUUAUAGUUUACAUUUUAGGAAGUUAUGCCUUUUUCUAGUAUUUUAUUUUCAAUCUAGGUUAUAAGAUUGUUCUUCUAUAGCUCCAGCUAAGGUGCCUUUUUAAUAUCUACAGUUUUAUGGGUGUUAUUAAUGUUGAAAAAUCAUGUACUUAAUGCCAUUGUAUCAGUCUCUCUAUUCAAGGACUUAUACACUGUAGCCAGAGGAGGCUCUUUGAUUGGGCCCCAAGGAGGAGGCUGCUGGUCUGAUAUUAAAUGAAUCAGCAGUAGGUGUUGGGAUAGCUGAUUUCAAAACAUACACAUAUCAAAGUCUGUUCUCUCGCUUAUCAUCAAUGCUUUUUCUGAUUUUUUUGUAUCUAUGUGAAUGCUAAUCUCCCAGAACACAGUCUUCUGAAAGAAAGGUGAAAACUCUAAAAUCUGCAUUUAACCAGUCAUGCUUUGGCUUUGAGUAGAGUACUGUUAACCACUUUUUCUAAGGAGUAGUCAGAUGGAUGUUUAGUUAUGGCACAAGAAAGAAGAAAUUAUUUUGAAAAGAAAAAUGACCUAAUGUACCUAAUCAGAAUGAGAAGCUUUGUUUUCUAGUGCCUUUUGUAAGUAUAUGGAGCCAUGCCAUUUUUCUGUUAAAAAUGUUAUUUUUGGUUUGACUUUCUGCUUUGCCCUUUGUGCUUUUAUGAGGGGAAAAAAAAAAAAAAACAAAACUUUUUUUUUUUUUUUUUUAAGAAAAGGAUUUUGCAAUUCCUUUUGCUUUCUGUGUCAGUAUUUAUUGCUUUUUCAAAGUGCAGCCAUUGGAUGAUUUCAGUGCCUUCAGCUGAAGUGUCAUUUGUGUUUCAGCUCAGAAUUCUUUGCUGGGUAAAAAGAAUAAUUUUAGACAGUUACCUGAGCCUUAAACAUAAGUAUUUCAUAACAUGUAUUCUCAGACUUCCAGAGUUGUAUCAGCCACACAAACGAGAAUUAUUUGCUUAGUGAUAGAACUUAGGUAUUUUUAUCACUCUUUUACUUAGCAGGCUCAUGGCACAAAUUUAUAGAAAAGAAUUCACUCAAGUAGAAUGACAGAAACGUAUAAUCAAACUGGUCUCAUAAACUAGUGGAAGCUAGCAAAUUGUUUCAUAGAUGUUUUUAGCUGCAAGUUAAAAAUUGUUUUGUUUGCAGUCAUCCUUUUCCAACCUUUAGAAUUAGCAGGAUUUUAUGUGAUUGACUUUUUGUUUUCUCUAAGAAGUAUUAUCUUAUGAAUGACAGAUAAUACUGAAGCUAUUAACUGUUAUGAAUUUCAUGAAGUAGAAAUCCGUUCUAUUUCUCAAGAUUGUCAACUUUCCACCUGUGGCCUUUAAGUGAAAAAAUUUUAAGUCUGGCUACUCUUGUAAACCCUAAGGAUGUAUGUAUAUGUACAUAUACAUAUUAUAUACAUAUAUGAGAUAAAAAUUGUUAGAUUAAAACAGAAAAAGCGAAGUGAAAUUCUGGCUAAUAAUAAGAAAGUACCUCUAAAAGAAACCAUUGCAGAAAAGUAUAGUGUUAAUAUUUUAUUUAAUGUAUAGACUGCUUUAUAGUCAAAUUUAUAAGAAUAUCAGCAUCACUAGAAUAAUCAUUUUAUAGCAUGUAAAAUAUAUUAAUACAUGCAAGAUAAAAGACAGAAUCUUGGAAUAGUGAAAUCACAGCCAGUUUGGUAAAUGCAAAAAGCAGAAGAGAAUCAAAUUAAUCUCAGUAAUAAAGUAACAAGAUCUUAAUUGCAUCUAAUAUCUUAAUGAUUUCCUGGCUAGUGUAUAUAGAAUAUAAAUUAGUAGGCAUAUUACUGAUCUACUGAAUUUAACACUUCUCUAGAGAAAAUUUAUGGAAGGUAUCAAAAAUGUCAGAUAUAGGGACUGGGAGCUUAGCUCAAUGACAGAGAGCUUUCCUAGCAUGCUUGAGACCCUGGGUUCAAUCCCUUUUACACAUGGUUGCUGUGUAAGAAAACUGUAGCAGUUGAAUCUGAGGUGAAACCCAGAAUAAGAGUCAGUUCAACAAGCCACACAAAGAAAUACAGAUAGAAUAUGUGCUUUUGUAUGCUUUUUAUAACUGUUAAGAAUAAGACGUCCUUUAGGGGUUGUAAAACAAGUACUAAGUAAUCAAAUCUGACGUCUAUGGUCAAGAUAAGAACUAGGGUUCCCCUUAUAAAACCUUCCCUGUUAUUACCUGAGGGUACCUCUGAGAAACAGUUCCUUCCCCUGUAAUAGUACCAUUUUGGAGGAAAAAGUUUAUACAAAAAACGAAAUCCUACUGAUAGCAGAGAAGCUCUAAAAAGUUUGAUGGUAUUUAUUAAAGUGCUAUAUUUCUGUUAUAGAGAGCAUCUCAUAUUCCUGUCUAGUUCCCUUUUUUAAAUGCUUUUCUAAUUAUUUACUUAAUGGUACUUUGGGUCACUGUCACCUUUGAAUUCAGCCUUCAGUGAUGAGUUGCAUUUUGGACCUAUUAACUUUUAAGAACUCAAAGCAUCGUCUCUUAAUCUCUGGAGUCUGAAUAUAAGUGUUCGUUCUGAUUUUUUCCAUCAGCAAGAUAAGCCAGUAUCUUUUAAGGUGAUAGGUAGUGUGGUGGUUUUAGGAGUGUUUGGUGGUUUUAUGGGAGGGAGUUUUCCUUAAAUGGUGGUUUAUUGAUUUUCUCAGAUAUUAACUAGGGCAACUUUUUGGAGCAUAAUCUUCCUUUUGAUGCCUGUUCUCCCCAGAGCAGCAUUAUUUUCUUCAUUGAUAGAGGUGAGAUUCUUGGAAGUUUUUCUUGUUGUAAGAGAAGAAUGUACUUUCACAGCUUCCCUCCCCCACUGCCCCGCAUAAGCAAAGAAUCCUACUUGCUGGACAGAAACUUGGACAGUUCUUUGGAAUUCACUGGAUUGCAGUUUAAUGUGUCCUGAUUACAGGAGGUAACAGUAUUUAUCAAGCCUUUGUUAAACUGGAUUAUUCAUAAAAGAAAUUUGCCUUCCUGGCUGUGGGUGUAGUCAGUGGUAGAACAUUUGCCUAGUAUGCGGAAGACCCUGGGUUAGAUCCACCCAUGGGUGGGCAGGGGUGAGCUGGGCAGGGAAAAAAGAAAGAUGACACUCAUCUCCAAAGUAAAAUACAACUGCAUUGUAAUUGAAGUGACGCUCUAAAAUUAGAUGGUAUAUCAAAACCAGUGAAUGAGAUUUCAUAUAUUGACUUCUAUUUUUGUUAUUUUUAAAGAGUGUGUGCUAUAAUAUUACUGGUAGCAUUUGCUGUAAAAUAAGUAAUGAGUUAUUUUGUUGAAAAGAGCAAAAUUCCUUGAUCAUGGCAGAGUAAAAAGUGUUUUUAUGGUUCUUGUCCAUAGCUCAGUUCUUAAAAUUCCUAAAAUCAUCAUAAACCAUUAUCCUUUAAGGGUUUAUUUGAAGUUGCUGUGUUUUUAAAAAGUUCAGAAUUUUGUAUAAAUAAAUCCCUGCCUGGCCAGUAGUAGAUAGUGCCUUUCUUAAAGCUAACUGGUGUUAGCUAUGAGAAAACUCCUGUUAGGCCAAAGAAUUCCAAGUGUUUUAUAAAAGAAGAAAUCUCAUAGAGUCAGAUUUUCCCUUCUAAUACUGUUGGAAAUGAUGUUUCUUUGAUUUUACUCAUACAGUAUAUUAACUAGAGGGACUCUUGAGGAUGAUGGUUGGGCUAGAGAUAUUCUUUUUAGCCUGAUUGUUUAAAGUUGAAAUUUGAAAUUCACUUAUUUAAAUUGGUUAGGAUUAAUCAUUGAAACUGAAUUUGUGAACCUGCCUACACCUUCUUUAAAGAAUAUUUCAUAUGUAGAUGAUAAAGACCAAACCAAUGGCUGCACUGUAGGACUGCUUCUUAUUUGUUCUUGUUCUGCAUCUGUUCAUGUUGUAGAAAAUGAACUUGUAGCAUGAUGCUUCAAUCUGUUAUCUUUUUGAUACUUAUAAAUAUGUAUUAGGUUUUACUAUGUUGUGCUUUUCAAAGCCAUAACUCUUAAAUUUGUUUUGCAUAUUGUUUGCUAAUACUUUAUUUUAAUAAACCUCAAAAUCUG